UUGGACCGGGUCAAGAAAAACCUAUAUCCAAGUCCUCGGGCCCGAGGCCACAGGCUUUGGGUCUUGAAACCUCCAGUUGAUUGUAGAUCAUUGCCCCUCUGCGUCCUCCGUCGGUCGAAGGUUUCUCUGCUUCAACCUCCACCUCCAUAACUAUUGCUAUUGGGUCUUUUUCGUGGCUGCCGACGGCCGGCCGCAGGCCCAAACCCCAGCUCUCUACCUUUAUCUCCUCUUCGUUUCCCCUUCUUGUCCGGUUUCUCUGUCUCCGUCCUUCGCUUCCGUUCCUUUUUCCCUUCCCUCCAUUUUCCUUCCUCACUACCAAACAGAGCGUCAGGAAACGAUGUCAGUUCUAAUAGUGACAAGCUUAGGCGAUAUUGUGAUAGAUUUGUACACAGACAAAUGCCCCUUGACCUCCAAAAAUUUCUUAAAGCUUUGCAGGAUUAAGUAUUAUAAUGGGUGUCUGUUUCACACGGUUCAAAAGGAUUUUACCGCCCAAACAGGGGACCCAACUGGGACGGGGUCUGGUGGAGACUCGGUGUAUAAAUUCCUAUAUGGGGAUCAGGCUCGAUUUUUCGGUGAUGAGAUUCAUCUUGAUUUGAAGCAUGCUAAGAAAGGCACUGUUGCAAUGGCUAGUGCUGGGGAGAACCUUAAUGCUUCCCAGUUCUAUUUCACACUUCGUGACGAUCUAGACUAUCUUGACGGGAAGCACACAGUGUUUGGGGAGGUUGCUGAAGGGUUUGCAACUUUGACCAGGAUAAAUGAAGCUUAUGUGGAUGAGAAGAACAGGCCAUAUAAGAAUAUCAGAAUCAAACACACAUAUAUAUUAGAGGAUCCCUUUGAUGAUCCUCCCCAAUUGUCUGAGUUGAUUCCCGAUGCUUCCCCUGAAGGAAAACCAAAGGAUGAGGUUGAUGAUGAUGUUCGACUUGAAGAUGAUUGGGUUCCCAUGGAUGAACAAUUAGGUACUGCAGAACUUGAGGAGGUUCUCCGUGCAAAGGAUGCCCAUUCAAGAGCAGUUGUACUUGAAAGUAUUGGGGAUAUUCCUGAUGCUGAGAUUAAGCCUCCUGAGAAUGUUCUAUUUGUUUGUAAACUGAAUCCAGUCACUGAAGAUGAGGACUUACAUACUAUCUUUUCACGUUUUGGAACUGUACUAUCGGCUGAGGUAAUCCGUGAUUAUAAGACUGGAGACAGCUUAUGCUAUGCUUUCAUUGAAUUUGAGACCAAAGAGGCAUGUGAACAAGCAUAUUUCAAGAUGGAUAAUGCCUUGAUUGAUGAUAGAAGGAUACAUGUGGAUUUUAGUCAAAGUGUUGCAAAACUUUGGUCCCAGUACAGGCGCAAGGAUCACCAAAAGGGUCAAGGAGGUUGCUUCAAAUGUGGUGCUCUUGAUCACAUUGCCAAGGACUGUACUGGGGGACCUUCCACCAAGCUGCAGCCUUCAAAAUAUAUAUUAAAGGAUGAAAACAUACAGCAUGGUGGAGCCAGUAGCUCAAGGUAUGAGAUGGUAUUUGAUGGAGACACUCCACAGAGUCCCAGGCAAGGAAAAAGACAUCGAGCCCGUGAUCCUGAUGACCAUGAAUACAGAUAUAAAGUGAACAAGUAUAGUUCUGAUGCUAUUGAGGGGAAAGACUUCAAUGAUAAGGAUAGGCAGAGAAACAGAAGAAGAGAUAACAGAGUGGAUGUGGGUCAAUCUGGUGGGAGGAGAGAUGAAAAGUAUCUUAAAGACGACAUUAAGGGAGAAAUGCAUAUGGACAGACAAAGAGGGAGAGAUGAGCACAGUCGCAGAAAAAGCAGUUCAGAUAUUUGUGGUGAUGACCGGAGAGAUGAUGGAGAUCACAGAAAGAGAUAUGCUGACAACGAUAGUCCUCCAAAUAGAAGGCACAAUGGAGAUCAUAAAAAGAGUGGUGAUCGUAAUAUCUAUGUGGACAAGAGGGAUGAGAGAGAUUAUUGGAAGAAAAAUGCAGAUAGCAACAAACGAGACACAAGGAAUGACCCAAGUUACAGAAAAAGUGGUUCAAAUGACCAUGGCCAUAAACAUCGAAGGGCAGAACGAACAGAUAGGCAUCAACGCAUGGAAAAAGAUGAUUAUGAUAGAGAUGGAAGACACCGAGGUGAUAGGAAGAGAUAGAAUGAUACAUGAUGUAACCUUAUUUUCCUGGUGUACAAAUGAAAUCAAAUUUCCUGAUUUACAGAUAAAUGGACCAAACUAAGUUACUGUUCUGAGAAAGUGAACAACCAAUCACUAUAUUCAUAUGAAUCAACUAAAUCCGUUUAGGAUGCAAUCUUUGUUGACUUAAAUGCAUAUGGCUUGAACUUGCGAUCUU